UCUCUUCACUGUGCGUGGAUGUGUGUGUAUGUGUGUGUGUGUGUAUGUGUAUGUGUGUGUGUGUCUAAGCUGCCUCCUCUCGCGUUGAUGUCGACCGAGUGACACCGACUCUGACGCCGAAUAGACGGAUUUCUUGACUAAAUUAAAGCAAAGCGCACCCCGGGAGAAACCCACACGAGCGGUGCCCUGUUCUUUCCGUCGGUCGGUCGGUAACCAUGAGUCAACCGCGGCCGGAUGAGUUCAAGCCUCCCCCGGAGUGCCCGGUCUUCGAGCCCAGCUGGGAAGAAUUCAGAGAUCCCUUUGCUUUCAUCAACAAGAUCCGUCCCAUCGCCGAAAAGACGGGCAUUUGCAAAGUCCGUCCUCCUCCGGGUUGGCAGCCUCCUUUCGCCUGCGAUGUCGACAGACUUCACUUUGUUCCUCGGAUCCAGAGGCUCAAUGAACUUGAGGCCCAGACCAGAGUCAAGCUCAACUUCUUGGACCAGAUUGCCAAAUUUUGGGAUUUGCAGGGAUGUGCUUUGAAGAUUCCCCACGUGGAGAGGAAGAUUUUGGAUCUAUAUAAGCUAAAUAAGCUGGUGGCAGAGGAGGGUGGAUUUGACAUUGUCUGCCGGGACAGGCGAUGGACUAAGAUUGCACUACAAAUGGGCUUCGCUCCUGGCAAAGCCGUCGGCUCACACCUGCGAGGGCAUUACGAGAGAAUCCUCUAUCCCUACAAUCUGUUUCAGACCGGAGCGAACCUGCUGGCACCAGAUCCAGCUUCCAAACUGAUGCGUUUGGAGGCUGAUCCUGAAUUUGAAAAGUGUGUUCAGAAGCCCGUCCAGCCAGCGGAGAACCUGGGGAGCAAGGAGAGCGCAGACACCAAGGAGCAGAUUCUGCAGGAUCAAACUAAGAGGCCGCCCGCCCAGAUGCCUGACAUUUGCCCCAGCGCUCGCAGGGCCAAGCGCAUGAAGUGUGAGGCCGUCUGUGUGAAGACUGAACCAGGUGAGCCAGGCGAGAGCAAGCCGAACCUGAGGCGGAGGAUGGGUUCUUUCGUCGUCAAGUCAGAGCCAGGUCAGACUGAAGAAACUCUGCUGAAUUAUGAAAAAGAGAUUCCCGUUCUGGUUAAACAGGAGCUUGUUGAAAGUAAGGAACUUAUAAUUGAAGCUGACAAACUGAAAUCGCGGUACAAGAAACUCUUCCCUCCGGUCGCUCCGAGCCCCGUGGACCUGGUUGUGUGUCUGGUGUGCGGCAGUGGGGGAGACGAAGACCGUCUGUUGCUGUGUGACGGCUGUGACGACAGCUACCACACCUUCUGUCUGAUUCCUCCCCUGCACGACGUCCCUAAAGGAGACUGGAGGUGCCCCAGGUGCCUGGCUCAGGAAUGCAGCAAACCUCACGAGGCGUUCGGGUUUGAACAAGCAUACAGGGACUAUUCCCUGCGUGCGUUUGGGCAAAUGGCAGAUGCGUUCAAAUCUGAUUACUUCAACAUGCCAGUUCAUAUGGUACCUACGGAGCUGGUGGAGAAGGAGUUCUGGCGUUUGGUCGGAGCCAUCGAAGAGGACGUCACGGUGGAAUAUGGGGCCGACAUCGCUUCAAAGGAGUUUGGGAGCGGAUUUCCGAUCCCCAAUGGAAAAUUUAAGGUUUCCCCAGCAGAUGAGAAGUACCUCAAAUGUGGCUGGAACCUCAACAACCUGGCGAUGAUGAAGCCGUCUGUCCUGACUCACGUAACAGCCGACAUCUGUGGGAUGACGCUGCCGUGGCUUUAUGUUGGCAUGUGCUUCUCCUCCUUCUGCUGGCACAUUGAGGAUCACUGGAGCUACUCCAUCAACUACCUGCACUGGGGGGAACCAAAAACCUGGUAUGGAGCUCCUGGUUUUGCUGCAGAACAACUGGAGGAAGUGAUGAGGAAACUGGCCCCGGAGCUGUUUGAGUCUCAGCCCGACCUACUACACCAGCUGGUCACCAUCAUGAACCCCAACACCCUAAUGGCCCACGGAGUCCCAAUUUACAGAACGAACCAGUGUGCUGGAGAGUUCGUCAUCACGUUUCCUCGGGCUUAUCACAGCGGCUUCAAUCAGGGCUUUAAUUUCGCUGAGGCGGUCAACUUCUGCACUGUGGACUGGAUGCCUCUCGGCAGACAGUGCGUUGACCACUAUCGUAUGCUGCAUCGGUACAACGUGUUCUCCCAUGACGAGAUGGUUUGCAACAUGGCCUCAAAGGCAGACACGCUCAACAUGGUCCUGGCCUCGGCCGUUCACAAGGACAUGCUCAUCAUGAUCCGGGACGAGCAGGAACUGAGGGAGAAAGUUAAGAAAAUGGGGGUGUUACACUGCAGAGAAGCAAAAUACGAUCACCUCCAGGAUGACGAGCGGCAGUGUGCCAAGUGCAGGACCACCUGCUACCUGUCGGCAAUCACCUGUCCCUGUAGCCCAGGAGUCCUCGUCUGUCUGCACCACAUCAAUGACCUCUGCUCCUGCCCCGUCACCAACUACACACUGAAUUACAGAUACACACUGGACGACCUGUUCCCCAUGAUGAAUGCUGUGAAGCAGAGAGCCAAGCUGUAUGAUGAAUGGGCCUCUCGUGUGACGGAGACUCUCGAGGCUAAACUGGAGAAGAAGAAAGGCCUGCCAGUCUUUCGCUCCCUUCUCGCUGAAUCAGAGUCCAAUCUGUUCCCUGACAACGACCUGCUGCGUCGGCUUCGUCUGGUCACACAAGAUGCAGAGAAAUGCUCCUCUGUGGCACAGCAGCUAUUGAACGGCAAGAGGCAGACCAGGAACCGGUAUGGUAGUGUGAAGUCACGGAGCCAGCUGACAGUGGAGGAGCUGAGUUCGUUUGUGAGGCAGCUCUAUAACCUCUCCUGUAGUCUUCCUCAGGCGCCCAUGUUGAAGGAACUCUUGAAUCGCAUUGAAGACUUCCAGCAGCACAGUGAGAAGGUCCUGGCAGAUGAAGUUCCCAGCGUGGCUGAGAUCCAGAGCCUGUUAGACAUCAGCUUUGACUUUGACGUGGACCUGCCGGAGCUGCCUCGCCUGAGAGUGAGACUGGAACAGGCCCGGUGGCUGGAGGGGGUGCAGCAGGCCAGCGCUCAGCCCGCCACGCUGACCCUGGAGACCAUGAGGAGGCUGAUCGACCAGGGAGUGGGUCUGGCACCUCAUUCGUCGGUGGAGAAAGCCAUGGCACGCCUUCAGGAGCAGCUCACUAUGUCCGAGCACUGGGAGGACAAGGCGAGCAGCCUUCUGAAAGCCAGACCCCCACACUCCAUUGAGACUCUCAGUGCUGCUGCUGAGAAGGCGUCCAGCAUCCCUGCUCACCUCCCAAACUGUCUCCUCCUGAAAGACACCAUCAGAAAAGCCCAGGAGUGGCUUCAGGAAGCUGAGGAGCUUCAGGCCACUGGUUGCAUCCCGCUGGUGGAACACCUCUCUGACAUGGUGUUACGAGGACAAGCCAUUCAAGUCCACCUCGAGCCUUUAGACAGGCUGGAGUCUUUAAUGGGGGACGUGAAGGAGUGGAAAGAAUCUGCAGCGGCAGCUUUCCUCCAGAAAGACUCAACGCUUACCUUACUGGAGGUUCUGUGUCCAAGAUGUGAAGUUGGAAGCCCGGGUUCCCCGAAGAGGAAGGCCAAGAAAGGGAAGGAAUCACCUAAAGCUACCAAGAAGAAAACGCCCAGGCUCAACACUCUCAGCGAUGUGGAAAAAGUGCUAUCGGAGACCAAGGAUUCUACCUCUGCAAUGGCAACUCUGGAGGAGCUGCGUGUGAGGGAGAUGGAGGCUUUCUCUAAUCUCAGGGCAGCAAACGAGUCAAAGCUCCUUCCCACAGCAGACUGCAUGGACCUGAGGGUGUGUUUCUGUCAGAAGGCGCCGAUGGGUGCGAUGCUGCAGUGCGAGCUCUGCAGGGACGCUUUCCACAGCGUGUGCGUCAGGGACCCAUCGGACUCCUGUGAGACACAGCCGUGGCUCUGUCCACAGUGCCAGCUGUCAGAAAAGCCCCCGUUAAGCAAAGUCCUCUCGCUGCUGGCGUCCCUGCGGCGCAUAGGGGUGCGUUUGCCAGAGGGCGACGCGCUGCAAUAUCUGGUUGAGAGGACGGUUAACUGGCAGCAGCGUGCGCAGGAGAUUACACAGGUGUGUCUACCUGAACUAGAAGAGAGGCCGGGGACCCCUCCCACACUAACCCACUGGGUAUCAGGCAGCGACAACGCACACGGCGACACUCAGGCUCCAUGUUUGACUCCAGAGUGGAACAGGACAAGCCAUGCUCAGACGGUCUUCUACACCGAGCAGAGAUGCAUACCGCUGCAGGGCUUAAGCCACCAGCUGGAGGAGCUGAUGGUGGAGGGGCUCCUGCUGCAGGUGUCUCUGCCAGAAGUCCAGAGCCUCUACCACGUUUUACUGGACCGAGCCAGCAGCCAGCACACAAACAGAUGCACGUCACCAUCGCAGGAAAAGCCCACAGACUGUGACAAACACACGCCGUUCAACUCUCAGGGAACAAAUCUGCCACUGAACCAGGAUGAAGCCAGCGACGCGAGGGAGACCGUGAUCGGCUCAGAGAAGAAAGCAAAGAGGCAUCUGGAGAGGGAAGGUUUAGAUGCGGAGCGCAGGGGGAAGGACAAAAAACACUCUCACAAACGACAGAAGAUAAAUAAAAAGAACCGGCAGCGCAGGCCGACCUCCACAUCGUCCUCCCCGCGCUCAGAUUUCUCCCAGUCCGACGACUCUGGCGAGGAGAUGGCCGUGUGUCCAGCAGAGACGUGUCUGCUGCCGGAAGGAGACGAGGUGGAUUGGGUCCAGUGUGACGGCAGCUGCAACCAGUGGUUUCACCAGGUCUGCGUCGGCGUCACGGCGGAGACGGCCGAGAAGGAGGACUACAUUUGUGUCACAUGUACACUGAACGACGGACACAUGAGAAAAUGAAGCCGUUUGUCGGGAGUCUGCGUGUCCUCGGUCCGUUACCGGAGCCUCCGGUCUGGAAGUGUCACUGAUCCCAUCCUCCCCGCCCCAACUCUUCCCGUCUGUCCGACCCUUUUGUAACAACGGUGCUAUCUCCUCUUUGACUUGUUGUCCAGAACUAUAAUGUUUAGUUAUUUUUUUGUAUUUUUACAUAUAUAUAUUAUAUAUAUUUCUUUCUUCUGAAUUGUUUGUGGUUGUCUAAAUUGAAAAAAAAAAACAAAAAAAAAACAACAACAAAAACACAGGAUGUGAAGUGUGCUGCAUGGGAUUCCAUUACAUCAGCAGAGGAGUCUUACACCAUGAUAAUUAAUGAGAUAAUCAAGGGUUAAUAUUAUCUUCUUUGGAACCUCCUUGCAUGUUAAACCAGAGUUAAAAGGACAGAAGUUGAAGUUUUCACCCCUUAAUAACCCCCACAAAAUUACAUUUUUCUUUCUUUGAACUCCGGUGUUUAGUACAUGCAUCUUAAUAUAAUUAUUUCCAUUUUUUUUGUAGAAUAGUUUUAUUUAUCUGAGCAAUAAUUUUUUUGUCUGAACUGACUUACAAGGCUUGAUCUCGGCUGAGUUGUGUUGUAGCGAUGGCGGUGUGAUGUGACUGGAAGCUACGCAGGUGAUUACAGCUGUUGGGAACUCUGAACGGGACACAGCUGGAAGGACUCGGGGUAGCAGAAGAUGUUACAAGUUUAUAUUGUGGAAUAAAGCCCUUUUGUUCUA